GUUUUCAUUUGCGACAAAAUGGCGGAGUAACUGCAACAUGGAACAUGUUUAUGAUGUAUCAUGCCUCAUGUUAUUUUCUCUUAGACCAAUCUGACACUAUGUUUCAUUUAUUAAUUCUAGAUCUAGCAAGAAUCUAGGACUAGAUUCUAGAUCUAAUUAUUCCAAAAAUAAUUACUAAAUUAAAGACUAAUCUACAGUGUACACCACUGCACUGACAUUAAUUUAAGUAUUGGGACCAAGUCUACACAAGCUACACGACUGGUGACGUUACAGUGAUAUUAUUAAUUGAAUAAUUCUGCUGAAAAAAAUGUCUGCGGACGAAGACACAGAGCUUAGGGAUCUUGUUGCUCAAACUUUGGAAGCUAAUGGAACAUUAGGAAAAUUACGGGCUCAACUGAGAGCAAGUGUCUUUUUAGCACUUGAAGAUCAAGAAAAUGGACAGAGUAAAACACCAUUCCUAAGCAAAGAAUUAAAAAGUUUUUUGUCAACAAAAGAUGGAAAGUUAACAGCAUAUUUGGUGCAGGAAUUUUUGGAAUUUUUUAAUCUUGAAUUUACAUUGGCAGUGUUUAAGCCUGAAACAGGGUUGAAUGAAGGAAUGAAACGAUCAGAAGUUUUGAAAUCUUUAGGUGGUGAAGGAACUAACAUCUCCAGCAACUUGCCAAUCAUCACUUCUUUACUUCAGAAUGUAAAUAAAUCAAAGAGUACAAACUUUGGCUCAGGAGAUGCUGUCUAUAUUUCUAAGAACCUUACUGAUAAACAAAUUGAAGAGGCAAAAAAGAAAUUUGAUUUCUAUGACAAGGAUAGCAGUGGUGCUAUUGAUAAAGAAGAGCUUAGAGACCUUUUUAUGGACAUGUUUCCCAACUUUCAUCGGAACAUGUUGGAUCGCUAUGUGAAUGAUGAGUUUGCUGCUGCAGACAAAGACUUUAAUAGCUCCAUCUAUACUUUAACACCAAAAGCCAUUGAUUUUGAUGAGUUUCUAGAUAUGUACAAACGUUUGUUCCUUCUUUGUCGGACGGUUGUCUCAGAUGAUGUGGGUGAACUUGUAUCUCCUACUCACAAACCUGCGUCAAAGCAGACGUCACCUCAGCAUCAAGUGAAUCAGGUCAAACAGCAGUCUAAAAAACCCAGCUCUUCCCCACCAUCAUCUGCCAAACCUGACCAAGUGAAUGGCUCUUCCAUUCAAGGAAACAAAACCACGGGUAAAUUCACAACUGCAGGUUAUGGUAGUGACCUGGAGGAAGAUCCUUUCUUUGAUGACCAACCUGUUGCAUCAGUCAGCUAUAAUACUCUUUCAAGUGUGCCUAUCACCAGUGUGAGUUCAACAACCCAGAAAGCUAGUCCUUAUGAACCACCCCAUAUAACAACAUUACAAAAAAAGAGUGAACUUGAAAAAAAUCGUGACUUGCACAUAGAAGCCAUAGUGACGGAGGAAAAGAUUAAAGAUAAAAGUAAAAAAGUUGGCAGUGGUUUGACUUCUUUAGAUGAUCUUCCCUCUCUUAAUUCUGGACGAGGUGGAGGUGUGCUAAAGUCUCCUGAAAAUGAAGAUUCACCACGCAAUGAUUCUGACAUGGACAAGAAUCUUCGAGAAGUUGACAAACGCCUAGAAGAAUUAGGUUUAGAUUCUCCAAAUGAUGAAUUUGAAUAUGAAGAUGAUUUUAGCGAUGUCAGCCAGAAAAGUCCAAGAAAAGUUGACAACAAACCAGAAAAUGGUAGCAUUGCUGAAGAGAUUGACGAUGAAGAAAUAGCAGAGGAUAUAUCGGCUGAGGCAGAUGAUUUGCUCAAGAGUGAAAAAAGUGGGUUUGAUGAUCUAACCACAGACAGAAGUAUCUCUCAGAUGGAUGGAGGCUUUGAUUACAUGGAGGACCCAGUCUUGCCCUAACUCACCAUUCUUUCUUAUUAUCAAAUAAUUUAUUGCCUUAUUCACAGUUGUCUGCUUUGAAUGACAUGAACAAAAGUGUAUAUGGUGAUGGAUGUAAGACUUUCAAUAAGAAUACUUAUGAACAUAAUCAUUUUGUUUUGCUCAUGAAUUUUUUUUUUACUGAAGGGAAAUAUAGUGGUGGGACCCUGUAAUUGUAACUUAAUACAUACCUACAAACAUUAUUAUUACAUUAUUGAACAUCCUAUCAUGGUUAGAUUUGUUUCAACAACAUCACUUCAACAUGUUACAUGAUACUUUCCCUUAGUUUAUGUUAUAAUUGUUACAUUCCUGUUUAUUCAUUAGAAAGAAAUGAAACUUUUUGAUGUUUUUAUGACCAUAUUUACCUCUUAAUCAUCAGCUUCGCUGAAUAGAAAUUAGGAUAUGAUAUUAGCUGUUGGUCAAUUUCAUUUCAAUUUUUUAAAACAAAUUUUAUAUUUUGUGUUUGAUCUUCUUACUCCAGUUGUACUAUGGGUCUCUUUUGUCUUGGUCAUAGUACUUGGUUUUGUUCUUGUCAUAUUUAGAUAUUUACUUUCACAACAACAUUAACUCUUUCUCUCCUAACUGACGAUACCAACGUUGAUUCGACCCCAUUAAAUAAAUUUUGGUUUUAUAAAGUUUAAUUUGUGUUAUAUAUAAAGAGCAUGCAUACUUAAUUAUAUACCUUAUAUAACAUUUCCUGAUUACAUACAAAAAUGUUAUUGAAGUUAAAACACACACAAUGAUCAAAAUGAAAAAUUCCAUCAGAACUUGGAAAAUAAUUACGGAGAGAAAGAGUUAAGUUUUCUUUUUUUUUUUUUUAAGUUUUACCAAAAUGUUGAUCAUAAGGCCAGGUUGGAGUUUCAAAAACUAUAGCAACAUUAUUUUUUUUUUUGUAUUUGUAAGUUUUAACCACUGGAAUCAAUUAUGUGUGAUGUUUUAAUUACAUUUUGAAAUGUUGGCAUCUUUGUUUACUUUAAAAUAUAAUGGUUUGAAAAGUUUUCAAAAAAAAUUAUUACAAUAUUAUAAUUUGUUUUGUUAUGAAGUUCAUUGCCAUUUUGAGAAAUUCCGCUGAAUAAAUUCAUUACUUAAAUAUGGCCAUGCAACUUAUAUUUGAACUCUUUAGGACAAGAUAAGUGAGGUAUUUUAACAUCAAAAUGUUAACUAUCAUUCUGCAAAUGUUUAAAUCUGACAUUACAUUCUGGUAACAUUAGGGUUCUUAUUUAUCUCAUUUCUAGCAGAAACAUAUUUGUGUAAUUUUGAUCAUAGCAAACAAUUUUCCUUUCCAAUUUGUGCAAUUGAAGCAGGCGUUCAACUAGUUAAGGUCAGUCAUUAAAAGAAAUCCUGAAUUGAACAGUGUGGUUUUGAGUGUAAUGAGAAAUACCCAGUUCACAACACUUUAAAUGUCACUGUCACCACCAUUAUGUAUUGAAACUUUCACAUUCAUUUAUUUGGUCUUGAGUUGUUUUUUUUUUUUUUAAUAUUAUCUUUAAUUUGAAAAAUAUUAUUAAUCAGUUGUUGUUAAAAAGAAAAUUUGUAUCCAGACGUAUUGUCUCAUGAUGUCAGUUUCACCUAGUUGGUUGAACCAUUGGGGCACCAAAUUCGAUCUGUCAACCAUCCAUUCCUAUGUCUUUGCCUAGGAUAGAAUCUCUCAUGAUGUAAAGAUUCUUUAAGUGCUAGUAAUGGUCUAAACCAGUGUUGCCCUAAAUACGACCCAUGGGCCACAACCGGCCCGCGACGUGAUUCUAUCCGACCUGCGAAACGUUGGCACAAAGUGAAAAUCCCCUCUACAAAAAAAAAAUAAAUAAAAGAAGUGAAAAAAUCUUUCCCUACUUAGAGGUAAAUAGAUCGGUACCGAUAAUAAGCCAACAUAUUUGUCUUAUAAACAGAGUAUCUCUUUUUACAGAACAUAACAUUAAACAGCUUUAUGAGACCAAAAACUAAGGCGGCAUUCUUGGUUUGAGAUGGAUAGUUUAACUACAUCUAGAGUGCAGAAUCAAUGAGAAUAUUUAACAAAAUAUAUAAUAAAAAUGGUUUACUAAUUCCCUUUUUUUUUUUGUUAAUGUGGCCCGCGGCACGAUUUGACACUUGUUUUCAUUGAUAUAUUUUUUUAAAAUUUGUAACUUUGUAAACAUAAUAGCUGCUUAUAUUUAGACACUUGGAUACUCCGUCCAUUCAGAGUCAAGAAUGUUUGUUGAAUGUGUUGAAUGUUUGUUGAAUGUGUUGAAUGUUUGUUGAAUGUGUUGAAUGUUUGUUAGUUGAAUAAAUUCCAUUGAUGUACAAACUAAAAUAUGUUUCUAAAUCUAAUGCUCCUAUCCAUAAUUAAACCAAUACAUUACCUGAC